CGGAGCCGUGAAGACAGUCAAGGUUCUCCCGUCAACGUAUCAAAAGAAAUUAUGAUUUCGGUAGCUCUGGUUAUAUUGUGCUUAUUCCCGUGCGUUCAAAAUGAGUACUUACGUCCUCCUUACCAAGUUCUCCUGCACAAAAAUGAUAACUUAGGAGUUUUGAAUGAUGGGCACUGCUUUGGAAAUAUUAUUCAAAGUCGUCUAGUUCUAACAGCUGCUUCGUGUUUAUUGAGUGCUAACAAAACCUCAAACGGAAAAGAGUUUGUAAAAUCUGAUGAAUUAGCUGUAUCCUUUAAAGGUGAAGACUUGGAUGAGUCAAUUUACUUUGUUAGUGGCAUUGACAUCUAUCCUGGAUUUAAUGAGUCAUCUUUGGAUAACGAUAUUGCUAUUCUAAGUCUAAGUACACAACUUCCCCUUUCUGAACGAAACGAUAUUCAAUGGGUUUUGGUGGCUGACUAUGAUCUCAAGGAUUCUCCUUUAGAAGACGGCGUGGAAUCUUACAUUUGGAAAAUUUCAAACGAAGAAAAUGUUUAUCCCGGUUAUGGGGUUAUUCGUGAAAGUAAUUUAGUUGGAAUUAUUUCGUUCGAACUUCCAUCGAAAAGCAAACGCGAAUCUAAUCUCGAAAUUCGGAAUUCAACAAGAUUUACGCAACUAAACUCAUACUUAAGUUGGAUAUAUGCCCUUUUACAGAGCGCAGAGAUUGCGGACAUUGAAAACAAUAACUACAGCGCAUCUCUACCUUAUCGUCAAAGAAAAAGCGCAGAAAUAGUUAAGGAAUACGUUGAUUCUGAUGCAGUGUAUUUUCAAGAACCAGUUAAUCCCAUUGAAGUUGACUUUGAAACUGAGGUAGAGGAUUUGACAGAAACCGAUACCGAAAACGUAGAAGUUGCCUCAGUGGACGUUACAAACCCAGCAGACACAUUUAAUGAAAACAUCGAAAACGAGAAAGGAUUCUUAACGAACGCAGCAAAUAUGUUUACGGCCAAGGGAAUUUCUUUAUGGAUUUUAAUAUUAAAUGUAAUUGCUGCUCAAUACCGUUUGUUAAAGCUUUAAGUUUUCUAAAAACAGCAGUUUAUUUUGUGAACUUAUAAAUGGUCCAUUUUUAACUUUUUUAAACUUUAAACAUUUCAGCAAGAAAAACGGUUUACAGCUUUAAGAAUUAAAUUCGUAAAAUUGUAAUUUAAAAUAUAAUCUGUAUUAAUUUAUCUAUUAUCAAAUAUAUCGAUAUCCAAAUUA